GGACCAAACAGAUGAUUGAUAAAAUACAUAGCGCAUUAGCCAUUACAUACGCAUAUACACAUGCCUGUUGAAGACCGUAACAAUGUUAUUACCGAAGUAAAUACCACUUAAGUGCUUAGUAGGCUAUGCAGCGCCAAGGACUCGAUACUAAUACGACUCUUGGAUACAAAUGUAUGGUUAACGUUAAUAGCGCAUAUCCAAGAAGAACCAUCCACUUCCAAAUAGUCACCAUAUAAAGGAAGCCUCGUUGGGCUAGAACCCAGGCCCUCUUUAUCGGUUUAUCUCUUUGCGUCCUCCACCAUAGUUAUCCCCAAUCACCUUGCUUACGUCUGACCUACAAGCCUCCCAGUUGGGGGAGGACAUUGCGCAGCGUGGCUAGCUAGCUAGGUGAAGUCGGAGGAAACCUCGGGGAUGAUGCUCGAAUAGAGUAGGAAGAAAAACCGCUACCGGCUGCGCUCUUUCAGAGAUAAACUAUGAACUGGUUGGACGUCGUCUGUCACUGACGAGGUCUCCCCACUGUGCUGCUUCGUGUAAAAUAAAACCGGCGCCCCCUUAUCUUCCAGAUUGUCGGCGUGUCACUGCAGUCGAUGCUGCAUCCUUUCUCCCCCUUUUUUUUUUUUAUACCGGUACCGUGUGCUGCGACAGCAGACUCAAUGAGACAGACAUGCUCGCCUUCGUAUUGGUCUCUGGGUCGCUGUGGAUUAUAUUAGUAUGAAAAUGGAUGCCACACUUUACGCUAAAACAAGUUGAGAGUCUGAAGAAAAAAAAAGCAGCCUCGUAGUUCCGACUACAUAUUUCAAGAGCUGAGUUCCUCACUGAUGGAGAAGGUGAACGGCCAGGAGAUGCUCAGCGGCCUGCGGCUGCCAGAGAUGGAGGACCUGGGCCAGUUCUUCCGAUCCCUGCCCACCUCCACGCUGGUGGGCAUCGGGGCUCUGACCGCCGUGCUGGCCUACUGGCUCUCCUCCCGGCCCCGCCCCAUCCAGCCGCCCUGCGACCUGCGCCACCAGUCCCAGGAAGUGCCGGAAGAGGACGGGGGUCGCAGGUCAAUGAUUGGAGACAGCUCCAAGCUUUUGACUCAUUACCAUGACGACGCUCGGACCAUGUAUGAAGUGUUUCAGCGUGGUUUUCAUAUAUCUGGAGACGGGCCCUGCCUUGGGUCACGCCUCCCCAACCAGCCUUACAAAUGGAUAUCCUACAGAGAGGUCACAGCGCGUGCAGAAUACCUUGGUUCCGGUCUGCUGCACCAGGGGUGCCAGCCCAACCCGGACCAGUUCAUAGGGGUCUUCGCCCAGAACCGACCUGAGUGGAUCAUCUCUGAGCUGGCCUGCUACACCUACUCCAUGGUGGUGGUCCCCCUCUACGACACGCUGGGUCCAGACGCCAUCCGGUUCAUCAUCAACACCGCGGACAUCUCCACGGUGAUCUGCGACAAAGAGGACAAGGCCAAGGUGCUUCUGGGUAACGUGGAGCGACGCGAAACCCCCGCCCUUCGCCGAAUCAUCAUCAUGGACACCUUCGACGCCACCAGCCUGCUGGAGCAAGCCCAGGGCUGUGGGGUCACCAUCCAGGCCAUGGCGGAGGUGGAGGCACUGGGAAGGGAGCACCAUAGAAAGCCCAUUCCACCAGCCCCGGAGGACCUUUCCAUUGUCUGCUUCACCAGUGGCACCACAGGAAACCCAAAAGGAGUCAUGUUGACACAUGGGAACGUCGUGGCGGACUUCUCGGGCUUCCUCAAAGUCACCGAUAAAGUGAUAUGCCCCAACAAAGACGACUGCCUUAUCUCCUUCUUGCCACUGGCUCACAUGUUUGAGAGACUCAUCGAGUCGGUGGUGUACUGUCAUGGGGGGCGUAUUGGGUUCUACCAAGGGGACAUCCGUCUUCUGGCAGACGACAUGAAGGCCCUGCGGCCCACCAUCUUCCCCGUGGUCCCCCGUCUCCUCAACCGAAUGUACGACAAGAUAUUUAGUCAAGCUAACACCCCUGUAAAGCGCUGGUUGCUCAACUUUGCGGCCAAAAGAAAAGGUGCAGAGGUCAGCGCUGGGGUCAUUCGCAGUGACAGCGUCUGGGAUAAGGUGUUCUUCAGUAAGAUCCAGGCCAGCCUUGGGGGGAGGCUACGGAUGAUCAUCACAGGCGCCGCCCCUGCCUCCCCCUCUGUCCUUGGCUUCCUCAGAGCAGCACUGGGCUGUCAGGUGUACGAGGCUUACGGCCAGACUGAGUGUACUGCCGGUUGCACGUUCACUACGCCUGGAGACUGGACCUCAGGCCAUGUUGGAGCUCCCCUGCCAUGCAAUCUCAUCAAGCUGGUGGAUGUGGCAGAGAAGAACUACUUUGCAUCCAAGGGUGAAGGAGAGGUGUGUGUGAAGGGACCCAACGUGUUUAAGGGUUACCUCAAAGACCCAGAGCGGACCGCUGAGACACUGGACUCGGAUGGCUGGCUCCACACCGGGGACAUUGGCAAAUGGUUACCAAACGGCUCUCUGAAGAUCAUUGACAGGAAGAAGCACAUCUUUAAGUUGGCACAGGGAGAGUACAUCUCUCCCGAGAAGAUUGAGAACAUCUACAUCAGGAGCGAACCUCUCACCCAGCUCUACAUUCAUGGAGAUAGUCUACAGUCCUGUUUGGUGGGGAUUGUUGUUCCGGACCCAGAAGUUCUGCCUAACUGGGCCAAGAAGAAGGGCAUCCAAGGCGAAUACAAGGACCUCUGUAAAAACACGAUGCUGAAAAAGGCCAUACUGGAAGAUAUGGUGCGUCUGGGCAAGGCCAGUGGCCUCCACUCCUUUGAGCAGGUGAAAAACAUCUACGUCCACAACGAGAUGUUCUCCAUCCAGAAUGGUCUGUUGACCCCGACUCUGAAGGCCAAGAGGCCUGAGCUGAGGGAGUUCUUCAAGGGCAAGAUCGACGACCUCUACAACGGCAUCUCCAUGUGAAGAAGACUUGACCGAGCGGUGUUGCCCAAAGAUAUCUUAAUACUAAGAUCCUCUCGUUCCCUCCUUUUGCUGCAUAUGUAACAAACAUGGGUAUCUUAGCAUUGAGAUGCUGAUUCUUUGGAAGGCAAGCCAAACAUGUUUGAUCUGCGUUCCAUCCAAACAGCCCAACAAAGGCCCAGUCCUCAUCAAUCUUGACUUUGACAAAUCAAUCAUUUGUUUUCCUUGUUUCUUUGUAUUUUUUCUUGCUCCACCGCAACUCUUUAGUUGAAAUCAACCGACAACCAAUCCAAAUCCCAAUGUCUAUCCACUGCGGGCAUGGCAUAUCUUCUGUCUGGAAGCUCAUGAAGAGGUGUAAAAUCGUGAAACCAAAAUGUCUCAAUGAUUCGUUAUUCGAGUUCUCCCCUUUAGUUCCUAUGUGCACUGAACAUUUAUAUAUUCUAAAAACAGACUUUCAUCAAGAUAACGGAAGCUGAUGGGAUGUAUCAAGUGUGCUUGUGCUGGCCCAAACAAACACACAGACAUACACCUAGGUGUCUAAUCCAGAAUGUGACACACACCUCAUCCCUCUACACACUCCUAGGUCUGAAAGACAUGAUGAUGUGUUGGAAGGCAGGGUAGCGUUUCGAGAACAUGUGGUAUUAACUUAUUGCCCUCCCUUCUUCAUUGCUGCCACCAAAACAGAGAAAUCUCUUAUUGAUUCAUUCAUUGAUUCAGCUCACCAAGGCUGUGAUUGCUAGAUUCACCUGCAUGCUCCUCGUUUAUAGGAUACCCACGUCCUGGACACAAAACUAAUGGUUGGAAGUGCUCACAGUACACACAUUUCUUUUUCUUUUUCCUUUUUUUACCUCCACUUUCGCACAAGAGUUUGUCAGGUAAACAAGAGAAAGUGAAAUAAUGCAAAACCAGGGCUCAGGGCAAUGCAUGCAGUUUGCCUUGCAAUGCUGGGACCAUGACCAUGUGACUUCAAAUUUAAAAAGAAGAGGAAUCCUUUGUGGGCAUUAAUAGCAGGUUGUAUCAAGCCGUCCACAGCCGCUGCUGCUUGUGCAAGGCUUUGUAAUGUAGUCCAGGCCUUCAAGCUCCAUCCACUUGAGGAAAAAUACAACAAAUGUGGACUUUCAAAAUAAAAGUUUUUAGGGGUUUACACAUAGAAGUAAUGUAUAGGCUUUUUUUUUAAUCAUUAUUACUGUCCCAAAGUGAGAGAAAUGUGGUUGUACAUAAGCAGGAAAAGUUAGAUGUAAGCAUAUUUAUUAAAGCAGAGGUUUGAAUGGA